AUGUCCGAUCAAAGUCUUGUUUUAGUAACCGGCGUAACAGGAUUUAUCGGUGCUCAUGUUGCUGUGUCAUUAAUUACAAAUGGUUACCGUGUACGGGGUACCGUUCGUUCCAUGGAAAAAGCUGAAGAGCUCGUACGUCUAAAUCCGGAGCUCAAAGACAAGGUUGACUUUGUACUUGUGAAGGACAUUAUCGCGCCUAAUGCGUUUAAGGAUGUCGUCAAAGAUUGUGACUACAUUUGCCAUGUUGCUUCCCCCUUUUUUUUUGAAAGUGUAACCGAUAAUAAAGCCCAACUUUUGGAUCCUGCUCAUAAGGGUACAAUCAGUGUUUUGGAAGCUUCUUGCAACGAACCAAAAGUGAAACGUGUGGUCAUUACUUCUUCCACUGUUGCUAUCUGCGACUUCAAUAAACAUCCCUUUACUGGCUAUACAUAUACUGAAAAAGACUGGAAUCCCAUAAGUUAUGAGGAGGCUCUAACAACUAAGAAUGGAUUCUCUGCUUAUUGCGCUUCGAAAAAGUUUGCCGAAAUAGCUGCUCGUAACUUUGUCAAGGAAAAGCAACCUCAUUUCGAUAUGUGCACCGUGAACCCAGCUUUAGUGGUCGGUCCUCCCAUCCAUCCCAUGAGCAAUAUGGAAUCUUUGAAUACUUCUGAUCGCCUUUUAUGGAGUCUCAUCAAUGGCUCAAAGUCUCAACCUUCAACCCAAAACAUACAUGUCGAUGUUCGUGACAUCGCUUAUGCUCAUGUGAUUGCAAUGGAGAAACCCGAGUUAAGUAAUGAUCGUAUGAUUGUAUCGCAGGGUCCUCUUGUCACAAAUGAUGUCUGCAAAAUUCUUCGCCAAAAAUUUCCUGAUUUGAAGGAAGUCAUUUCCGAACCUACCGACGUUCCUUUCAACGAUAAACACUUUAAGGUGGACAACUCUUAUUCCAAAUCCUUUGGGUUGCAGUAUCACAGCGAAAAACAAACUUUUAUUGAUACUGCCACAAAACUCUGGGAACGUGCUAAACAAUUUGCACUCACUCAUUAA